AUGGCACCCGAAAUCAACCCCAUCGAGACCCAAGUCUCGCACUCAGUGCAAGACGAAAAGCGAAACACCGUCCGCGCCCUCGUCGAAGCAGACCUGCUCGAUGAACGCUACACCUCCACCGAGCGCGGUCUACGCAGUCGUCAUGUACAAAUGAUGGCCCUCGGCGGCACAAUUGGGACCGGUCUAUUUGUCGGUGCAGGACAAUCACUCGCCAUCGGAGGUCCUGCGUCGCUGUUUUUGGGUUAUCUUUUUAUCUCGUGUCUUGUGUAUUGUCUUGUCACUGCUAUUGCCGAGAUUGGCGCCUAUAUGCCCGUGCACGGUGGUACGAUGAGUUAUCAUGGUUUUCGCUAUGUGUCGCGCAGUCUGGGUUUUGCGAUGGGGUAUCUCUAUUGGUAUUCUAUUGGGAUAUUGGUCCCUUACGAAAUCACCGCCGCGUCACUGGUCAUUAAUUACUGGAACCCGGGUGUCAAUGUCGCGGUUUGGAUUACGGUUAUGUUGGUGGUCAUUGUGGCCCUGAAUUUCUUACCGGUCAAGUUCUAUGGUGAAUCCGAGUUUUGGUUUGCCAGUAUCAAGGUUCUCACUCUUAUCGGACUUUUGAUGCUCAGUUUUAUUCUCUUUUGGGGCGGUGGACCGGAUCGUCAGCGUCUGGGUUUUCAUUAUUGGAAGGAUCCCGGCUCGUUUAAUACGUAUAUUGUUCAUGGAGAUGCGGGGAGAUUUGUCGGGUUGUUGCAAUGCAUGGUCUCGAGUGCGAUUGCAUUCAUCUUUGCGCCUGAAUUGAUUGUUAUUUCCGGUGGUGAAAUGGAGUCUCCGCGACGUAACGUGCCGCGCGCCGCUCGGAGGUAUAUUUAUCGAUUGGUGUUUUUCUAUAUUCUUGCUGUCCUGGCGAUUGGUGUCAUCUGCCCUUCCAACGAUAGUCGGUUGACAAACGGUGGCGCCGGCGCAGGCUCCUCUCCGUUCGUCGUCGGUAUCAAGAACGCUGGUAUUCCCGUCUUGGAUAGUAUCGUCAACGCUGCGGUUUUGACCUCUGCCUGGUCCUCGGGUAAUUCCUUCUUGUACAUGUCCUCCAGAUCAUUGUAUGGACUGGCCAUGUCCGGUAACGCGCCUAGCGUGAUCAAGACCUGUAAUCGAUGGGGUGUCCCCUGGAUAGCAGUGUCUUGUUCCGCCAUGUUUUCGUUACUCGCAUACCUAUCCGUCGGUACAUCCAGCUCCGUCGUAUUCAACUGGUUCGUCAACUUCACCAAUACCUCCGGCUUUAUUUCCUGGAUCUGCUGCUGUGUCGUUUAUUUCCGAUUCCGCAAAGCCGCCGAGACUCAGGGCGUUGAACGUCCGUACCAAUCGCGUCUACAACCUUACGGCGCAUAUAUUGCCAUUGUUGGCUGCGUUUUCCUCACGUUGAUCAACGGAUUUACUGUAUUUUUCCCGUCCAAGUGGUCGGUCAGCAGCUUUUUCACGGCGUAUAUUGGCAUUCCUGCAUUUUUGGUAUUGUAUUUUGGUCAUCGGAUUGUCUUUUGGAAGGAUCCGUGGGCUUGGAGGCCGGAAGAGGUUGAUUUGCAUACGGGGUUGGAAGAGAUUAUGGCGGCGGAGCGACCUCCUCCGGUGCGAGACACAUGGUGGAAGAAGUUGAUGCCCGACGGCACUGGUGUCCUCAAGCUCGAUCCUUGGCUCGAACCGUUCAAAGACGCCCUUAAGACUCGAUUCGCUUACGCCCAGAGCUGGAUUAGCAAAAUCAAUGAUACUGAAGGUGGUCUCGAAAAGUUCAGCAGGGGCUACGAAAAAUUCGGAUUCAAUGUCAAAGAGAAUGGCGAUGUUGUUUAUCGAGAAUGGGCGCCUAGUGCGAUUGAAGCCCAUUUAAUUGGCGAUUUCAACAACUGGGACAGAAAAGCUCAUCCCAUGAAGGCGAAUGAUUUUGGUGUCUGGGAAAUCACCGUCCCAGCCAAGGAUGACGUCCCAGCUAUACCUCACGGAAGCAAAGUCAAGAUUACCAUGGUCACUCGCGCCGGGGAAGUAAUCGAUAGAAUCCCCGCGUGGAUCAAACGUGUCACCCAGGACCUUGACGUCUCGCCCGUUUACGACGCUGUGUUUUGGAAUCCCCCGCCAAAUGAGAGAUAUACUUUCCGACAUGAUCGGCCUAAGAAACCUGCCAGUCUCCGUAUUUAUGAAGCUCACGUCGGUAUUUCCUCGCCGGAGACGAAGGUUGCGACGUACAAGAACUUUACGACGAAGAUGUUGCCACGGAUCAAAUACUUGGGGUAUAAUGCUAUCCAAUUGAUGGCGAUUAUGGAACAUGCAUACUAUGCUAGUUUCGGUUACCAAGUUAACAACUUCUUCGCGGCAAGUAGCCGUUACGGACCCCCCGAGGAUCUUAAAGAAUUGAUUGACACUGCACAUAGCAUGGGAAUUGUGGUUUUACUUGAUGUGGUGCACAGCCAUGCUUCGAAGAAUGUGCUGGAUGGGUUGAAUAUGUUUGACGGCAGUGACCACCUCUAUUUCCAUUCUGGAGGUAAAGGUCAACAUGAACUGUGGGAUAGUCGUUUGUUCAAUUAUGGCAGUCAUGAAGUCCUGCGGUUUCUGCUCAGCAAUCUUCGUUUCUGGAUGGAGGAGUACAAGUUUGAUGGGUUUAGGUUUGAUGGUGUUACUAGCAUGCUGUACACCCAUCACGGGAUUGGAACAGGCUUUUCCGGUGGUUAUCACGAGUACUUUGGCCCCGCUGUCGAUUCUGACAGUGUGAUGUACCUCCAGCUUGCCAACGAGAUGCUCCAUCAGUUGUACCCAGAGACUAUCACAGUCGCCGAAGAUGUCUCUGGUAUGCCGGCACUUUGUCUACCAUUAUCCCUGGGCGGAGUGGGAUUCGAUUAUCGUCUUGCCAUGGCCGUUCCGGAUAUGUACAUCAAAUGGCUCAAAGAGAAGCAGGACGAUGAAUGGGACAUGGGUAAUUUAGUAUUUACUCUCACUAACCGUCGCCAUGGCGAGAAGACAAUCGCGUAUGCUGAGAGUCACGACCAAGCUCUCGUCGGCGACAAGACACUCAUGAUGUGGCUGUGCGAUAAGGAAAUGUACACCAAAAUGUCUGUUCUAACUCCAUUAACCCCCGUCAUCGACCGCGGCAUGUCCCUCCACAAGAUGAUCAGAUUGGUAACGCACGCCCUUGGUGGUGAAGGAUACCUCAAUUUCGAAGGCAACGAAUUCGGUCAUCCCGAAUGGCUCGAUUUCCCUCGCGCCGGAAACAACAAUUCCUUCUGGUACGCACGUCGUUUGCUGAAUCUGACAGAGGAUCAUUUACUUCGAUACCGAUUCCUAAACGACUUUGAUCGCGCCAUGCAGUUAACCGAGGAGAAAUACGGCUGGCUACACUCGCCACAAGCAUACGUCAGCCUGAAGAACGAGAGCGACAAAGUUAUCGUCUUUGAGCGUGCGGGAUUAUUGUGGGUAUUCAAUUUUCAUCCCACGCAGAGCUUCACCGAUUACCGCGUCGGUGUUGAGCAGGAAGGCACAUAUCGCAUUGUCCUGGAUACGGACGACACUGAUUUUGGUGGUCACGGCCGUAAUCAAAAGGAAACUCGAUUCUUCACCACGGAUUUCCCAUGGAAUGGACGUAAAAAUUUCUUGCAGGUUUAUAUUCCUACGAGGACUGCUCUGGUAUGUUCAUCCUAUCUGUAUGUUUAG